GGUUGUUGAUGGAAGUGGAGGAGAGGGAGAAGUGAGAUCGCAGAAUUGUUGCUUCAGGUGGCCUGGUCGGGCACGGGUGUUCGUUGGGAAGGCGGCGAAUUUACUACUUGAAAGUGGUGUGCUUCAAAGAUGUUGAAACGGAAGCAGAGUUCGAGAGUGGAAGUGCAGCCCGUUACCGACUUUGGUCCGGAUGAGAUGCUGACAGACAAUGCGGACAUUCUGUGGAUUAACAAACCGUGGGUCCACUCUCUGCUGCGAGUUUGUGCCAUCAUCAGCGUGAUUUCCGUCUGUAUGAAUACACCCAAGACCUUUGAGCACUACCCACCGCUUCAGCAUGUAACGUUCGCCCUCGACACUCUUCUCAUGUUCUUGUAUUCUUCGGAGAUGAUUGCAAAGAUGCACAUUCGGGGCAUUGUUAAGGGUGAUAACUCGUACGUGAAGGAUCGCUGGUGUGUGUUUGAUGGCGUCAUGGUCUUCUGCCUCUGGGUUUCUCUGGUUUUACAGGUCUUCGAGAUAGCUGAGAUAGUCGAUCAGAUGUCCCCGCUCGGCAUGCUCCGAAUCCCACGACCACUCAUCAUGAUACGAGCAUUUCGAAUCUACUUUCAAUUUGAUCUUCCCCGCACAAGAAUUACCAAUAUUUUGAAGCGAUCAGGAGAACAAAUCUGGAGUGUCUCAAUCUUCCUUCUCUUUUUUCUACUGUUGUAUGGAAUUCUGGGGGUACAGAUGUUUGGCACCUUCACCUAUCACUGUGUGACUAAUGACACUCUGCCCGGGAAUGUUACGUGGAAUAACUUGGCUAUCCCAGACACUCACUGCUCACCAGACGGAGAGGGAUACCAGUGUCCACUGGGCUUUAAGUGUAUGGACCUGGAAGAACUUGGGCUAACCAGACAAGAACUGGGCUACAGUGGAUUCAACGAACUCGGCACCAGCAUCUUCACGGUUUACGAGGCUGCCUCACAGGAAGGCUGGGUUUUCUUCAUGUACCGGGCCAUUGACAGCUUUCCUCGCUGGCGAUCCUACUUCUAUUUCAUCACCUUGAUCUUCUUUCUUGCCUGGCUGGUUAAGAAUGUGUUCAUUGCUGUAAUCAUUGAGACAUUUGCAGAAAUAAGAGUCCAGUUUCAGCAGAUGUGGGGUCCACGGAGCAGUACCACAUCUACCACCACAACGCAGAUGUUCCAUGAAGACGCCGCUGGUGGCUGGCAGCUCGUGGCUGUGGAUGUAAACAAGCCGCAGGGCAGGGCUCCUGCCUACCUACAGAAAAUGAUGCAGUCGUCUGUUUUCCACAUGUUUGUCCUGUGUAUGGUUGCCGUUGAUGUCACUGUGGCCGCCAGCAAUUACUACAAGGAGGAGAAUUUCCGGAGCCAGUACGACAUGUUUUACCUGGCAGAGGUGGCCUUCACCAUUCUGUUUGACCUGGAGGCACUGGUGAAGAUUUGGUGUUUGGGAUACACGGGAUACAUCAGCUCGUCCCUGCACAAGUUUGAACUGCUCCUGGUCCUGGGCACCACGUUGCACAUCUACCCUGAUCUCUACCAUUCUCAGUUCACUUAUUUUCAGGUCCUGAGGGUGGUCCGCCUGAUUAAGAUUUCCCCGGCGCUGGAGGACUUUGUCUACAAGAUAUUUGGUCCUGGGAAGAAGCUGGGCAGCCUGGUGGUCUUCACUGCCAGCCUGCUCAUCGUCAUGUCAUCCAUCAGCCUCCAGAUGUUCUGCUUUGUGGAGGAGCUUGACCGCUUCACCACUUUCCCCAGGGCCUUCAUGUCCAUGUUCCAGAUAAUCACACAGGAAGGAUGGGUUGACGUGAUGGACCAGACUCUGAUUGCAGUUGGCCAAGUCUGGGCCCCCGUUGUUGCCAUUUACUUCAUCCUCUACCAUCUUUUCGCUACUCUGAUUCUCCUGAGCCUGUUCGUUGCCGUCAUUCUGGACAAUCUCGAGCUGGAUGAGGAUCUGAAGAAACUGAAGCAGAUUAAACAGAGUGAAGCCAACGCUGAUACCAAAGAGAAGCUCCCUCUUCGACUCCGAAUCUUUGAAAAGUUUCCAAACAGGCCACAGAUGGUGAAAAUAUCCAAACUGCCCUCAGACUUCUCAGUUCCCAGAAUCAGGGAAAGCUUUAUGAAGCAGUUUAUUGAUCGUCAACAACAGGACACAAGCUGUCUGCUCCGCCGACUACCAUCAGGGUCAUCGUCAUGUGACCAUUCCAAGAGGUCCUAUAUUGAGGAUAACAAGUACAUUGAUCAAAAGUUGCGCAGAUCAGUUUCCAGCAUCCGAGCGCGAAACCUUCUUGAAAAGGAAAAUGCGGUAAAUAAAAUCUUCCGCAUCUGCACUCGCCAGCGUCUGUUAGGAGGAUCCUUCGAGGGACAACCUGCAAAGGAACGAUCUAUUUUAAGUGUGCAGCACCACAUCCGUCAGGAACGCAGGUCCCUCCGUCAUGGGUCGAGUUCUCAAAGAAUCAGCAGAGGCAAAUCACUGGAAACGCUGUCACAAGAUCAUUCCAGCACAGUUCGGUACCGGAAUGCUCAGCGAGAAGACAGUGAAAUAAAGAUGAUACAAGAGAAAAAACAACAAGCUGAAAUGAAACGCAAGGUCCAAGAGGAAGAAUUACGUGAAAAUCAUCCUUAUUUUGACAAACCUCUCUUUAUAGUUGGGCGAGAGCACCGGUUUAGAACAUUCUGCCGUGUGGUGGUGAGGGCACGAUUCAAUGCAUCAAAAAUCGAUCCAAUCACAGGAGCAGUUAAGAACACCAAAUACCAUCAGCUGUAUGAUCUUCUUGGACUGGUCACCUACCUGGACUGGGUAAUGAUCGCAGUAACCAUCUGCUCCUGCAUAUCAAUGAUGUUUGAAACGCCAUUUACAACAGUCAUGUUCACACCAACCUUGCAGAUUGCAGAGUACGUGUUCGUGAUAUUCAUGAGCAUCGAGCUGAAUCUAAAAAUCCUGGCGGACGGGUUAUUCUUCACUCCCACAGCUGUCAUCAAGGAUUUUGGAGGAGUGAUGGACAUCUUUAUUUACCUUCAAAGCCUGAUCUUCCUGUGCUGGAUGCCACUCACGGUCCCUGCUCAGUCGGGAGCACAGAUGCUGAUGAUGCUGAGGUGCCUGCGACCACUCCGAAUAUUCAAGCUGGUUCCUCAAAUGAGAAAGGUUUUACGGGAACUCUUUAGCGGUUUCAAGGAAAUAUUUCUGGUUUCCAUCCUGCUGCUGACACUCAUGCUUGUGUUUGCAAGUUUCGGAGUUCAGCUUUUUGCCGGGAAACUGGCCAAGUGCAAUGAUGCUCGCGUCAAUAGGCGGGAGCUGUGUCACGGAAUGUUCCGCAUCAAUGUGAGUGUGUCGAAGAAUCUCAACCUGAAGCUAAAGGAUUGGGAGAAGAAGCCAGGGUUCUGGGUACCACGAGUUUGGGCCAACCCUCGAAACUUCAACUUUGACAAUGUGGGAAGUGCGUUGCUGGCCUUGUUUGAAGUGCUCUCGUUGAAAGGUUGGGUAGAAGUCCGAGAUGUCAUCAUUCAUCGAGUGGGCCCAAUCCAUGGCAUCUACAUCCACGUCUUUGUUUUUCUUGGCUGCAUGAUUGGACUGACUCUCUUUGUUGGCGUUGUCAUCGCUAAUUUCAAUGAGAAUAAGGGCACUGCUUUACUGACUGUCGACCAGAGGCGAUGGGAGGACCUGAAAAGCCGACUGAAGAUCGCUCAGCCUCUUCACCUGGCGGCUAGACCAGACAAUGGCGGCCUCCGAGCUAAAAUGUACGAUAUAACCCAACACCCAUUCUUCAAGAGGAGCAUUGCCGUGCUGGUCCUUGCACAGUCCGUGCUCCUGUCAGUCAAGUGGGAUGUUGAUGACCCGGUCACCGUUCCUCUCGCAACAAUGUCCGUCAUCUUCAUCUUUAUCUUUGUCCUUGAGGUGACUAUGAAGAUCACUGCCAUGUCCCCAUCUGGAUACUGGCAAAGCCGACGUAACCGUUACGACCUGCUGGUGACGUCGCUGGGUGUAAUCUGGGUGGUGUUGCACUUCGCUUUACUUAACGAGUACACUUACAUGAUGGGCGCCUGUGUCAUCGUGUUCCGGUUCUUCUCCAUUUGUGGGAAACACGUGACGCUGAAGAUGUUGUUACUGACUGUAGUUGUCAGUAUGUACAAGAGCUUUUUUAUUAUAGUGGGGAUGUUCUUACUACUGAUCUGCUACGCCUUUGCUGGAGUGGUUCUGUUUGGGACUGUCAAGUAUGGAGAGAACAUCAACAGACAUGCAAACUUCUCCUCUGCCGGUAAAGCCAUCACUGUCCUGUUCCGCAUCGUCACAGGGGAAGACUGGAAUAAGAUCAUGCAUGACUGCAUGGUCCAGCCACCUUUCUGCACUCCCAACGAUGAGAAUUACUGGGAGACGGACUGUGGAAACUAUGCUGGAGCCCUGAUGUAUUUCUGUUCUUUUUAUGUCAUCAUUGCAUAUAUAAUGCUCAACCUUCUUGUUGCAAUCAUUGUGGAAAACUUCUCGCUAUUUUAUUCCACUGAGGAGGAUCAGCUCCUGAGUUACAAUGAUCUUCGCCACUUCCAAAUCAUUUGGAACAUGGUUGAUGACAAGAGAGAGGGAGCUAUCCCAACCUCCCGCAUCAAGUUCCUGCUCCGACUGUUGCGUGGGCGGCUGGAAGUGGACCUGGAGAAGGACAAGCUGUUGUUCAAGCACAUGUGCUACGAGAUGGAGAGGCUGCACAACGGCGGAGAUGUCACAUUUCAUGAUGUCCUCAGCAUGCUUUCAUACAGAUCAGUGGAUAUCAGAAAAAGCCUGCAGCUGGAGGAACUACUGGCCAGGGAACAGCUGGAAUACACCAUCGAGGAAGAGGUGGCCAAACAAACAAUUCGAAUGUGGCUGAAGAAAUGUUUGAAGCGCAUCAGAGCAAAGCAGCAACAGUCGUGCAGCAUCAUCCACAGUUUGCGGGAGAGUCAGCAGCAGGAGCUCAGCAGGUUCCUCAUCCCUCCCAGCAUCGAAACAACGCAAGCCAGCGAAGAGAUGCUUGCCAGCAACCAGGACGCUCAGCCUGAGACCAGUAGCCAACAGCAGUUGCUCAGCCCUACACACUCGGACCGAGGCGGCUAUCGGGCAGACUCCGGGGAUAUCGGGAAACCUCAGAGGAAGUUUGGUCAGUGGCGUCUCCCAUCAGCUCCGAAACCCAUCACCCACUCCGUGUCCACCGUCAACCUGCGGUUCGGGGGUCGGACGGCCAUCAGGUCGGUCAUGAGCAAAAUCAAUCCAAUGUCGGACGCGGCCUUCUCGGGGUCGGACGUGAAGAAGUGGUGGACCCGCCAACUGACCGUGGAGAGCGACGAGAGUGCAGACGAUCUCUUGGAAAUUUAGCAGAGGUGAAGGGUGAGGCUCGCACCUGUCAAUGUCCCGUCGUAUUUCCAUCAUAGAAUGCCCAACAUACUUUGGGUCAUUGGAGCCAAGUGAUGCAAGAGAGGUCACCCAGCCCACUCCACGAGAGGCCAGAGCAGAAUAAUUCCAGUGACCAAAAUCUCUUGGCCUUAGAUUUGCAAUAACAGACCAAGUAUUCAUGUAAGUGGGUGUGUGGGGUAUGUAUGACUUCACACAGGGGAGUUGAGGAAAGAGGUGGAGAAGGGGACAAGUGGGUUUGUUUCACAUCGAUGGGAAGAACCAAGUCGUCCCCUCUUUCACUAUGUAACCAAAAUAGUGGACAAACCAGAGAUGCUCAGUCUCUCUACACAUCCAAAGACUUGCAGCCUUGAGGCUUAUGGAACUCUACAGCCUAGAAACAGGCCCUUCAGCCCAACAAGUCCAUACUGACCCUCAAACCACUAGUGUUGCUCACACUGAACCUGCACUAAUCCCAUUUUAUUCCCCGGAUUGUACCUGCUCACUUUCACACUAAGAGCAAGCUACAGCAGCCAAUUAACCCCCAUGACCAUGUCAAUGGGAUGUGGGAGGAAACUGGAGCACCGGAGGAAACCCCACACAGUCACAGGGAGAGCAUGCAAACUCCACACAGACAGCACUGAAGUUCAAGUUUGAACUCAGUUUGCUGGUGCUGUGGGGCAGCGACUCUACCAGCUGCGCCACUGUGCCACCGUACUGCCCCUAUGUUAUCCAAAUACUGGCCUUUCUCGAACCUUGGAGGAAGCUGACUAUAGGGUGAAGCCCACAUUAUCCUUUCGGUCUCACUGGGCCUGACCUUGGCAAACGGUUUGGGAAUUGCUGGUCGCACUGCACGGGGGCUGAGGUUGGAAGGCGCAGCAAUCGGGGGAGUGGGACUGAAUAGAGUCACAGAGUCAUAGAACACAAAAUCAGGCCCUUUGGCCCAACUUAUCCAUGUCAUGCCAGAAAUCUUGCACAGUCACAAUGGGCAGAGCGCAGCCUCCUUUGCUGAGAUUAUGCUUUCCCAUUGAUCCAAAUGAGGGCUCAUCUCUGCACAAUGUGCAAGAAUAGAGGCAAACAAUAGCAGGGAUAGGCCACUCUGACCCUCAAGCCAUCAGUGUGAUCAUUGCUGAUUUAAGUUGGCCUCAACUCCUCUUCCCUCAGCCCCUUCAAAAUGUAUCUACCGCCUCAAAUGCUUCUAGUGAUCAGGAUUCCACCAUCCUCUGGCACAGAGAAUUCCAGAGAAAUGCUGGAAUCUAUAAGAAGAAUUUUAAAUGACUGACCCCUGUAUUUAUAAUGAUGUUCCAUGUUUGAGACUCUCCCACCAGUAGAGACCUGCCAAGCCCUUUUUGGGAUCUUAGACCAAAAGACAUAGGACAUAGGAGCAGCAUUAGGCCCAUCGAGACUGCUCUGCCAUUUGAUUCUGGCUGAACUAUUUUCCCUGUCAAACCCACUUUUCCUCAUUCUCCUACCUUCCCCCAAUAAACGUUGACACCUUUACUCAUCAAGAACCUAGCAAUCUCCGCUUCUAAAAUACCCAAUGGCCUCCAUCAUCUUCUAUGUCUUCUACCAGCUAAAGAAAUUGCUCAUCAUCGCCAUUAUAAAGGAACAUCCUUUCAUUCUGAGGCAGUGCUCUUUGGUCGUAGACUCUUCCAUUACUGGAAACAUCCUCUCUACAUCCACUCUAUCUAGGCCAUCUAUCCAUAGGCCAUCCAGACUAUCUUUUUUUAAACUGCAAG